AUGGUGCUCAUCAAGGAAUAGUGAGUGUUAAAUCUUUUAAAAAAACCUAUUCUGGCGCAUUUAAAGAGCCGAUUUCAGCCACCGGAGAGUUUAUAAAUGAAGAGGAAACGUGUGUGCGAGGAAGUGUCGUGGUUGAUGUGAUUUAGCAGCCGUGUAUCCCGGUAAAAGGCAGCUUCUAACGGGUAGGGUGGAUCAGGACGUGGAUAACGGGACUCGCCGGUCUGUUUUAGGCGCUGCUGCUGCUUCUGUUGCUGCUAACGGUAGAGAGGAUCAUUAGCUCUAAAUGAAAACCAGUUACAUAAAAGCCUGCUCUGAUUUCACUCCAUCAGCCCCGGUUACUUCACGAACGCAGCCCGGCAUAGCCCUAACAUUAGCGGGAUUAGCCUGUUAGCACGGCGUUUUCUCCGGUAUAUAGUGAAGAUUUAGUCCCGGGUGUGUGUGUGACAGAUUAAAGCUCCUCCGACGGAUUUAACAUGUAUGCUAGCUAAGCUAAGUUAGCCCGCUAGUUAGCUGCUAGCAUGCCAAUUAUCUGACAACUCCACGGAUUCCAGGAGCUCAAAUCUAACCCGAGCUAACUGCUAAGAUAAAGCUGGUGGAGCAACAAAGAGUGUUAACAAAGAGUUAAAGAGGAAUUACCUCCGAUAUCAGCAGCUGUACCCUUCAAGCUAGCGUGAGGUUACAGGAGGACUAACUACUUUGUUCGAGGCAGCAUUAAAGAGGGACUCCUUUAUUUAACUGGGAGGAUAUUAGUCCACGAAGGGAGAAAAGCUGCCUUUAUAACACACCCGACAGUCUGUGUGUUGGGUUAGAAAUGUGUAGUAGUCAUUACCUUUUUGUUUUAGCACAGCAGAGCAGCUUAUACGUUGUGGCUAACCUCUAUAACGAUACUUGUUGUGAUUAUAGGAAAGUAUAUCCACCACAGGUUGUUUAUUUCUUUAUUAAUCAUGAAUACAUUUAUAAACAACACCGUACUUACCUCUAUGACAGGUAUGAGAAGGCCACAGGUGUGUAUCCAAGACAGGAAAAGAGAGUAGAAGGACAGACAAGUGAAGUAAUGGCAAAAAUAACAUUAUACAGGACUGGGGCUUUGCUCAUUGACUGGAUUAUAUAGGAAAUGAUACGAGCUUCAGUAUUGUUUCCUAUAUAAUCCAGCCAAUGAGGCUAGUAUCUAGUAUAGGCUUGGGCUGGGCGAUAUGGGAAAAAGUUUAUCACAAUAUAUUUUUUUCAUAGCAGUCGAUAUUAAGAUAUAUCUCGAUAGGCCUGGGCGAUGUGGCAAAAAAAAAAAAGAUCUCAAUAUAUUUUGUCAUCUCAUCCAAUCUCGAUUAUUAUUACGAUUUUUUUAAACUGCCAGUUUUACAGCAUCUGUACUAAAAUCUAAAGAAGCUAUAGAUUAGUUCAACAUUUUAUUAACAUACAAAGUAAAUAACAAAGCAAAUUGAAUAAGAUACACUUAGAAAAAUAUAAAAAACAUUUUAACUCAACAGUACAACAAAUGUAGAUAAAUGCUAAAUAAUACAGUGAACUAGUUCACAGUCCUGAGUAUUUCUGCAGGUAUGCAAGACCCAAAAUAAACAAAUUGCCCCCUCAGAGAUUAUGAAUAUGUCAUAAAUGUAAACAUUAGAUGAUGUAAACGUAGAUGAUAAGAUUGAUUGCUGCUUUGGUCGAGUGACUGCACCGCUAGUUGUGGCUAAACUGCUAAUGCUACUUGUACCGUCAGCAGUGACAGGCUGUACAGACUUCACUCACGUUUUCAUGUUUUCCGCAUAAUCACUCGGGAAGAACUUCUUCAAAUGAUUAAACAGAUUUGUUGUGUUGCCGGUUUUUGAGGGCACUGACCGCCGACAUACCUUACACAUACCUUACUUAAUUGCUCAACGACACUUUGGAGAUACCCGAACCACGAUCACGAUCAUACAAUCGCCCAGUCCUAUAUCACAAUAUAAAAAAUUUAACUUAACAGUGCUUAUUGGUGGCAUGUCUUUUGCAGUACAAUAAGCUGCUGCAUCUGUGGGGUCUGUGUGUCUCUCUCUUGCGCUUGAGACACGGCAGAAUGCCUGUUAGAAAGCCCAUGUUGUUUAGGUGUUUUCAAGUAAACACUGUUCCGUUAUAUUGUGUUUUAUGGUGAGUGUUCAUUUGUCCUACGCUCAUGAACGCACCAUAGGUGUUCCGAUGCGAACAAGAAGAGAGAACGCCCUCUUCUCUUUUUUAAUGCAGACUAUCGAAAAAGCAUAUUGACCAUGUUUUUUAUUGAUACUGAGGGAAAUUAACAUGCGAUAUAUAUCGUUAUUGUUUUAUGGCCCAGCACUAGUAUAGGCUGAAGCUAGUAUCUUAUCCACAACAACACCUAGACUUCUCAGAUCUGGACUAGAUUAUCUAUGAGAUACCACAGACUAGGGAUGGGCGAUAAAUUAUCGUUCACGAUUUAUCAUCAGAAAAAUCCUCCACAAUAAAUAUUUGCCAUCUCACAAUAAGUGCAAUAAAUGCAGGUUGACAACAUGAGCAGAAUAACAAACAAACACGGUCGAAGGUAAUGAAGAAGACGUUUCUGAGCAGAUUGUUAGUGAACAUGAGGGAUUUCCUUCAAGAUUGAGGUUUAGAUGAGUGGAAUCAGGUCUGCCUGACAUCUGACUGUGGAUCUGCUGCUGCUGUUCACUCUGUGCAAAUAAGAGUUUUUAACAAAUGUUGAAAAUGUUUUGACAUUUCAGACUUGUUUGAUGUUAUUAGUUUCCUCCGUAACCUACCACUCAAACUUGUAGUUAAGUAUCUUAUUUGGCUACUCCAACUGGUGUUCUCAAGACAAAAAAGUCAAAAAUUUAAAUCAGAAUUGUGAUAUUUUUCAUCUGGACUUUUAUCGUUAUCGCCAGAAUGGCAAAACUUAUCGUGAUAAAUUUAUUUGGCCCAUAUUGCCCAUCCCUUCAACAGACUCUUCAAAACCAAGUUCAAGAUUUCUGAAACCUUCUUUUAAUCCGUGAAAUGCCAAAAAUGAGCGGUUUGCUCAGCUUAUUUUCUGUCAUGCCCACAAAAGAACUGGUUCUGAUCCUGGACCAGAAUACAUGGAUCUUUCUAAACCGACUCAAGGUAUCCUGCAGAGGCUGCAGUCUCUCUUCACAGCAUGUGUGAAUGAAAGGUGAAGUUUCGCCUUCUUUCACAUUUCAGCUGGUAUUUAAACAUAAUAUAUAGUUUAAUUAAUCUAAAACUGAGUUUAAGAAGUCUCUCUAGAUUAAUAAAGUCCAGAUCUAUGAAGUUUGGAUGUUAUAGUUUUGGACCAAGGUCAGGGUCUGGUCUUACGUGGUUUCAAGGUGAAAAAGCAGUGAAAUUACCCUUUAUUUUUUGGCAUUUUCAUAUAAAAAAUAAAGGUCUCAUAAAUCUGAAACUGUGUUUAAAGAAGUCCUUAGACUCUCUAUAAUACCUGAGUCCAGAUCUGAAAAGUCUCGAUCAGGUUGUUUUGGUUUAAGACCCAGUCAAAUGUGGUCUUUGCAUCUUCUACCACUUUGUAGUUCUUAAUGUGGGGAAAAAUAGACAUUACAACAUGUUUUUUCUGCAAUCUUUAUUUAUUUUUGUGACCCUAAGUCACCUCCAACAACACAAAACCUAAUCUUCUUUUUUCCACACCUGAUUCAGGGUUUUGCCUGCAGAUCUAACACUAGUCUGACAGGAUAGGAGACAAACAAUAAGGUGAUAACAACAGGAAGUGCUUGUUAAGCAAACUAACUCACUGUUGUUUACAUUGUCUUUCUACUGAUCUUCACGUUUUACUCACCCUAAAACCAAAAAGCAUGUUUUUCAUCACUGAAUCGUCACAGUUAAUCUGAGCUUAGCUGACAGGUUUAAGGCUAAAGCUUCUCCUGACCACAUCACACUGGGCUGUAAAAAACAGGGCUGUAACCCAGGGCCCCCAGAGUUAAACUCUAAUUUAUCUGUUAAUUCGGUUUCUGCACAUGUUCGUGAUAUUAGUAAAUUCAUGAUUUAUUCUGCAGAAACUAACAAAAGCACAGACUGAGAGCUCAGGUUUCUCUCCUGUUGCUCUUGGAUUUGUUUGCAUAAAGUUUUUAAAGGAGCGACGCCGAUGUUGAGCUUUUUUAUAAGUCCACGAGUGAAGCAGUUUUGAAACUCUAUUUUUGGCGAAACCUGUCAGGCAAAUCCCACCAGAGGGCUUCAACACAAAACUUGUGAUCUAUGUCUUUGCUUGUAAACCAUUUUUGUAAAUGCAUUUCACGAUACAGAGAAGUUUCUGUGUAUUUCCCAUAUGGAAAAGAUCAAAACUCAGACAUGAGGUGUCUCCUCCGUAUCUAGAUUUGCAUGAGAAGGGGAAAAGUGUUGACUGAGGCUUUAAUCAAACCUGUUAGAGAAAGCUUUAGGGUACAACCGUUGUAAAAAUAUAUGAUCAGAAGGUUCUGCACUAUAAAUCUAGAUUUCUGUUGCAACAAGUCACUGAGAAGAUCCAGCAGGUUUCCAGGUGGCUUUGGGAGUUCUGGAGAAGUGAAGAUGUUUCGAGAGCAUCUUCACAACCUUUUUUCUUUUCUGAGCAGGUUAGUGAGAGAGUUGCUGUCAGAUCGAAAGGAAAUGAAAUCAUCUUGAACAAACUUAUGAAUAGUUUGUUUCAUAUGUGGUUAGAAAAACCACAGCCUGGGUGGUGGGCUCCUGCGGCUCUCCUGUGCUCCUUUGUGUUCACUCCGCAUUAAUUGGAGGACUUUCUUCUUCUAUCAUUAGGAUCCAAACUUUCCACGGUUCGAACAUCUAUAACAAGAACAACCCUUGAGCUGCAAGCUUAUCUGGAGGAAGUGAGAAGUUCAUUCACCCUGAGUGUUGCUAAUUCAUGUUCUCCCUUAUGCUACUAUUUAAACACACACAUAACCUCAAGUAUAUAUGAGCGCGCUCUGUAUGCAGUCGAGGUUAUAAACCAUCAAAUCUUUCAUUGAACACUCUGAUGUGAAAAACCGUACUCUGAAUACUGUUUUUUAAUUUUUUUAAAUCCGUGGGAAGUUUUAUCUGAGCGGGGUCAUGGUCAGAGUCUACAUGUGAUAGUUUUGAAUGAGCUCUUUUAAACCCCAAACCAAACCAUGUAAAUUUACAGGGAAGUUUUUAGUCUCCUCCAUGUACUGUGCAAUAAAAAUGAAUGGGAGGAUAUUUGACCCCAUAACCUGUACUGAGAAAGCUGCCACCUCGAGGAAGUGUAAAGCUUAGUUGUUAUCACUGAUAUUGUGAAAGCCAGUUUUAGUGAUGAUUGACAGAAGAACAGAAGACAGGUUUACACGCAGGAGCAACAGGUCAGAGAGUGACAAUACGCCAUUAUGAUGUCUAAUUCCCCGACCUUUAUGAGAAAUCAGUCCAGGGAUCAGUUUUACAGAAUAAAAUCAUCACUGGAGUUUGUAUAAUUAUCAGUAAUUAACAUAAAAUCAACUGGUAAUCAGUGAAAAUGGUUAAAGUAACGUGAAUACUGAAGUAUUGGAUACUUCAAACAGACAGCUUACUCAUUUUCUCAUUGAUCGCUUCACGUGAUGAGUUGAUCUUACGUAAUCCUGCAGCUCGGCUCUGUGGUCUCCAGCAGGUGUGUCAUCUGCUGAGGCCCCCUGAGGUCCCGCUCGGGGGUCUUGCGUAACUCCAGGCUUCCUGGACGGCACGAUAACUUCACCCGUCUCUGGUCGGCCUUCUAGUUCAAACAAUUUUAGUCUUUAUCGUCUAACAAAGAGCAGCCCUCCCCUCGGCUCUGCUGCAGCUCGGACUCACAGAGGGACUGUAAACACUGAUAAUCUGGGUUAUAGUGCACAUAUGAGUCUCUGUGUUAUAGAUGUAAAGUGACUGCUCACAUCCUCCUUUUGCACACUUUCCCUCCAGGGAUUAAACAACGCCUUUUUCUUAGCAAGAUCAAUUUCUUAACAGCAAGUAAUCGAUAACUUAUUAAUUAUUAACUCGCCGACUUGUCAGUGGAUGAGAAAUUGAUCUUCUGAGUGUCAUGUCUUAAGCGAGCCGCAGGAGUGGUCGGUCUCAGAUUUAUGUUGGUUGGAUGAGUUUAACUUUAUGGUCUCGUUUACUUAUUCUCCACAAAAUGAACCUGAAGCUGCAAAACUUGAAGAAAAGCGGCGUUUAAAUGUGCGAGCAUCUCAGGAUAACGGUGUAAGCUUCACUGAUACACGCUGCAGCUCAUCUAAGCCGUUUGAGUCAAUGAACAGGUGCAUAGACUUGACUUGGACUUCGAGUCCCCAGCUCAGUAUUAGACCAGAUUAAAACACCUCUGGUCUAAGAUGGGGACUGAGCGUGGCCGCUUGAUCUACUUUAGCAGUGACUUUUUUGCACAGUUUCACCAAAGCCCAGACCACACGCCGCUUUCAGUGCUGCUGUGCUCUUUUGUUUUUCCAGUUGAGCAACGUUUCUGCCUCUGGUCACAUCUCUGUCAGAGCUAGAACCAACACACGGCUCUCUGCCAAUUAGAUUAAUCCUGUCAUGGCAGAGUUAUUUAUGUUUCUGUUUGUAUGAAAAACAGCAUAUCUGAUUCUGAGCUUUGUCUCUGCAGAGAAAGAAACACAAGUGCAACAUGUCAUGGAAAAAAGAGACUUGUUUGUGCAGUGUUCCAGUUCGGGUUUACUAAAGUGAACCAAAAAGAAAGAGAAAUAUUUUGAUUAUUACUCGGGUGAUAUCAGUAUCAGCAGAUGAGGAGUUGCAUUAACUCUGCGUGAUUACAGGCCAACAAACAAGCCUGAACAUGUGGUCUGGAGUCGUAAACAGAUGAAGAAUUCAUCACUGAACGUCUGUGAUCAGAAAGUUUGUGUUUAUCGUCGAUGUUAAACUCUCAUUUCAGCUUAAAAUGAAAUAAAUGUGCAGAUACAUCCUUAUCAAUAUCAGACGGAUGUUUACAGAUCUACCCUGACUUCACACUGAUGUAUUAGUUCGUCUGUUUUUGAAUCAGCCUCUCAGUGUGUGUCACUGGCUCCUGUAUUUUCAUGUCUCCUUGGCCGUAAAUUUUGGGGUCUCCUGGUCUAGCUGUUAAAGGGGGGCGUCUCCUUUACGUUCUAGUCUGAUUUGGUGCCACUUUCACAGUGUGUCAUCCUCACUAUCUACUCCCCUCAUUUCCUGCCUGCUGCUCAUCUGCUGUCCUUUGAAUUGAAGCAAAAAACACUGGAUGUUGUUUUUACAGGACUUUGUCAGUUAUCGAUUCAUACUGUUAAUAUUUCAGUCUCUUUGAGGGUCUUUCUACCGGGUUUUUAGCUCGUUAGCUUGGCAGCUUGGCCUGUACUCUGCCUCUCCCAGAAAAACUUCAUCAGAUAGUGUUUCAGUGAAAUCAGAGGUGUGGAUGUCGUUACUUUUCACCAAUCGUUAGCUUGUGUUAUCUAUGAUACUGUCAAUUGGCUGUGUCAGUUUAACCCGGGUCAUGCUGCUUUAAUUAGAAUCUUUUAUCAUCACCAUCACUGAAAAAAGUCUUGUUUCCUCUUCCCUGAACCAUUAAAACGCUGGAAAGAAUAAGUCUGUGUAAAUGACCACCUCUGAAAUGAACAAAAGUGGACACUCAACCUCAUUACACUGACCUGUCAUAAAACAGGCACAACCAUGACACCCUGAAUUUAGUUUAGCACUCUGUUGUUGCAGUAAUGUCAUUAUAAUUCCUCUGCUGCUUCAUCUCAACUCUGAGUCUUUCAGUCCGUUUAUGGAUUUAGUUUUUGUCGCUUUGUAAAUGAACUGCAGCUGCUAACAUAUAUUUGUGACCUAAAGCAGUGGUUGUUUUUGGAAGUAGUAUUUUUGGCCUCUUUGCUUUUACUCAGAGAAGAUGGGACUGUGGAUAAAGCAGGAAACAAAGAGGGGGGGCAUGAAGGAAAAAGGCCCCGAUUUGGAGUUAGGGCUGUCACAUUUUUACCUCCUGAUAAAUACAGCUGAAAAAAAACCACAUUGUUGAAAUAUCUACGGAAAACUUGGAAACAGCACGACACUGCUGGAGUAACAUCUCGAAGAUCGUCCGUUUUCAGUGACGUUCAAAGUUCGUUUUUUAUCCGAAUCACCAGCCCAAAGAUCGCCUCAUGAAUCAAUCAGUCAUUCUGUCUGUCUUUAAUUUUGACACACACCUCAACUUACUAACGAGCCCUCUUCUCUCCCGCCCACGACUCUACCUGAUUGGUUGGAGAUCUUGCAGCUGUGUGUGACACGAAGCUGGUUAGCUUAUAACUGCUGCCAAGGUUGAGUUUGGAUUUAAAGCUGCUGUGAGGAACUUUAGUUUGUGUGAACAUUGGCGCCUCCUGUGGGCAAAAGGACACCUGUUUCCAGACGAAAUCCUUUGACUGUUAUCAUUCAGGUAUUGAGAAUAAAAGGUGACACAGCAGUUUUUAGAGGGAUGCUGCAGAGACAUCACGAGCAGCUGCUGCUUCUUCUGCCCACUACUAUGAGCUGGUCUCUUACAGGAUGUGACUGUAUUUUUAUUUUAAAGCACUUUAUUAAUAUUUCAUCAAUCUCUCGAGAUUUAACGAUCAAAGUCCCAGUGAUGGCUUCAUGUUUUUGUCUUUUAGGUACCGUUCAUGCAUUUAAAUCUUCAUGUGAAUUUUAGCUCUUAAACUUUUCCUACAGCUGACGGCCGGUGUGGAAUCUCUGACAGAUUCAUUCAGCUCUGAGUCCUCCUCUCUGUGUCAAAUCUGAAACAUCUGAACAUCUUUUCAAGUCUUGAAUAAUCUGUUUGUUUCUCUCUCUCCAUUUCCUGCCCCGCCCCUCCCUUGUUUUUCCUCUCACAGCCGUGUGGUGUUGCCAGUCUCUGUUGAAGAGGUGAGUAUCUUUCACUCCGUACAUCUACACCCUACCUCUACAGACAAAGGAGAUGAGUGGAGUUUCAUCUGGGACAGGGUAGUCUCUCAUGUUUUGGUGGUGAUGUUAGAGUCAGACUUGAAGCUCUCUCCUUUUCUUUGUAGAAAUCACUUUUUUUUCCAUGUGGCCUCAGAGAUCGUCUGUUUUCAGCUCAGUGAGUCCAGAUCCCACCAUGGUAUCUUCUGACAUCAUGACUGGCCUUAAUUCACAGCCUCCUCUGUGAAGUUUUACGAGAGACAAAGAGGAUUUUCUUCAAAUCCAGAAUCUUCAGGAUUCAGUCUUUAAUGUCCCGACUAAACCCUGUGAUAUUCUGAAUCCUGUCUGAACACUUGGAGGACUGAUCAGUUUAUUUUGAGGGAUUUAGGAGGACUUUCCUGCAGACUGUAGAAAAACACCAGUGUGGCUUUUAUGAGGUCGGCCUCAGGUUGAUAAAAGGAUGUUUUUUCAAGCUUUAGUUUGAGUCGAUUGUCACAGCACCUCCUCUUAGAUCCAGAAAUAAACGACAAAGGAGCGACUAAGCAGUAAACUGGGUCUAACAAACCUCGAGUUUAUUAUAGAGGACACCUUCAGGGUUCUGCUCGGUCUUUUCUGUCUUUCAAAAUAACCGUUUCUGUUUAUUUCAUGUGAGUAACAGAUUUCCUCUUUUUUUUUCUCCGUGUCUGUUUCCCAGUAUCAAGUCGGGCAGCUGUACUCUGUGGCUGAGGCCAGCAAAAAUGAGACAGGAGGAGGAGAAGGGAUCGAGGUGCUGAAGAACGAACCCUACGAGAAGGAUGGCGAGAAGGGCCAGUACACACAUAAAAUCUACCAUCUAAAGAGGCAAGUCCUGGAAGUGGAUCAGCUCAACCUGAUCUCCUUCAGAGGAGAUGUUUGGUUCUCUUUUGAUGCCACCUUAUUUCUAGAAAGUUGUUUCCUUGCAUGGAGUUUAGAUGUGCGAAGAGUCGGCCCUGUAAGUGGGCCGGUACGCUCCGGAUUAGUUUGGGUUCAGUUUGGGACCAUAAAUCCAGAUCUUGCCUCAAUUUCUAAGCGUUCCCUUUCCUGGUAGGUUGGGGUGAAAGUCCGGUGCCAACAGCAGCCCAAGCGUGACACAUAAAGUGAUGACUGUCUUUUUUAAAAGUCUAUUUUUGUGCUUUUAGUUUAGGGGUUACGGCAGGAAACAGGGAGCGGCGUGCAGGGCAGGAACCUCAAAUUAAAGCAAACUCAGAGUAAAACAGAAAACAUGUCCCGGCUCUAAAACUCUAAUGCUCUUCAGGGUACAAGGAACAGUUUUAUCAGGUGGUUUUGAAGAGACCCCUUCCAAAGUUGAAGGUCCACCUCUGAUGCUGAUUUUACACGUCCUUCCCCAUCCUCCAUUGUCAUUAACACACCAAACAGUUACCUUGAGUCAGUCGGACGCGUAAAACCGUGAACUGGCAGCAGACGUGUUUGUUUGUGCCGCAGGAAACUUCAGCAGCUCGCUGCCAGCUGUUAAAUCUGUUGGUGGAGUUUUUGGCAGGCGUCGAACGGGAGACAUUAGGUGUUGAUGACCUCUCCGCUUGCCAGAAUAAGCCGCCAUUUUGCUGAAGCAGCUUUACCUUAGAGUACACACAACAUUUCUGCAGGAUUUUCUCCACAUGUCAGCGUGAAGAUGCCAGCGUCUAUUUCUGGAGACAAAUAAGCUGAAGAGUAGAAGGUCGACCAGUUUUCAGUCCAAUCACGUAAAUAUAGAAGAAAAAGAAGGAGGUGAAUCAGCUGAGCCUUCCUUCAGAUUUUGACGGAAAUAUGAGACUCGUCUGAUUCCUCCUCCUCCCCGUCAGGUGUUUCCUUCUUUUUGUCUGUCCACCCUCUAUUUUCUCGUUUUUUUAUUUUAUUUUACAGGAAAUAUGAGUCAGAGCUUUUUUUCACAGCAGCUUUCAGUCCAUUCAACAAGCACAGAAGAAACAAUUGUCACUGUUUGAAUCACAGAUAUACUGAAAACUUAAACCUGUACCAAAGUGAAUCUGUGUCUGAUAGUUGUGUCCUUCUCCUUCUGCAGUAAAGUCCCUGGGUAUGUGAAGAUGAUCGCACCAGAGGGGGCGCUAGUUUUUCAUGAAAAGGCCUGGAACGCUUAUCCAUACUGUCGCACGAGUAAGUCCCCGCGGGAGUGUCACUUCCUGCUCUCAUAUCUGUUCUCUGUGCUGUUUAUGCAUGUGAUAAAAAAGUUGUAUGAACUCAUGUCUUCUAUAAACAAAAUUUUGAUGGAUCUCCUCUGUGCACUUUUUUGUUAAUAUUUUCUUUUGUCUUUUCUCUCUCCUUCCUCGGCAGUCGUGACGGUGAGUACACUUUUCUUUCCUUUUUUUUCCCAGAAAAUUAAAAACCAUGUGGUCUGGUCUUGAUGCAGAUGCUUUUAACACCAGAAUAAGAGAAGUAUGUCAGACCUGUGCUGUCAGUCUCGCAGAAGGGGACUGCGCUGACCUGAUGCCGCUGAAAUUUUGCCCCCAUUCAUUAUGCAUCACAAACAGCUGUUAAUGUGAAAUGUGCGGCAGCAACAUCGAUCAUAAUCCCUGGUUAUAAAGGAGGGCAGUGGUGCUCUAUCAAUUCAAGGUAACAGCAGACCAUCAGGAGGAGGUGGAUCAAGUCAGGCAGGCGGUGAAUUUGAACCUCAGAAGUAUGAGAGUGAUGGUGGACUGAACUCAUUGACUGGACCUACAAACUCCACAUGAUGGAAACAGAUGGUGCUGGAAGAGCUCAUAAAAAUCAACUUACAGGAAAACAGUUUGAGGUGUUUUUCUCCAGAUCCUCAAGUUAGACUUUAAUGUCAGAUUUAAUGGUACACGGGAUCAUUGGUGUUUUUACCAAAGAGUCCGGUUCAGUCGGGUUCAUCUGGGUCUGCUUGAAUGAAUGACAAAGUCGACUCAAUCGAAAAAGCCCUUGUUUAGACCGCACACUGGCCUCCAUAGUUUUCAAACUUUAUUCCAGUUUUUCUGCUCAGAUUUUUAAAUAACAUUAAAGUCUGUGAGUGAGUUCAGGAAAUGGACUGGAGCUGCGAUGAUUUCACUUUUGACUUGAUCUCACACCCCUCACACUCCCCCCUUUCCUGCUCCUGACUUGUUAAAGUGCAGCGCUCCCAUUUUCAGCCCCCUCACCUGUCCUGAAAGAAACCACUGUUCUGUAAGGUCACUGUCAGUGGUGGGAAUAUAAAACAGAUCCAGAUCUAGAGCUGAGGUUUCUGUUUAUAUGAGGGUCCAUAAUAUGUUUCAUUAAAGGGUUAAUAAGAUGAACUCAAAGCUAUUUCUAAGCAUGUUUUCCUUUGAGACUUAACAUUUAAACUGUUCAGUACAGUCUUGUAAGCGUUUGCCUUUUGCCCACAGAAGAGGUUAACCAAGUUCUCCUCCCUUAAAGUUCAGAACAGUCCUGAGGGCCCGCUUCAGUUUCACAUCAGGGUGAAGCAGAUCUGGAUUUGACACGGAGUGUUUUCAGUUUUCGUGAAGUUUUUUUCUGGGAUAAUUUGUCGUUUGAAUUGCUGGCGUGUGACUCGACCUUUGAAGUUUGAGGUUUCCUCUGAGUGUUGUCACUGAUGGGAAAGUUAAAAAUAGACGAGUGAAGCAUCACUUGUGUUGUUUCAGUCCAAAAGUCUGAUUGGUUAAUUGGAUUGAGCCGUAGGCUGUAAGUACAUCUCCUCUCCAUUCAUGGAAUUCUCUGCAGGCCCAGAUCAGCUGCACCUGUUUACGUUCGGAGAAGCAGCUACGCCUGAAAAAGACAAAAGUGUCCUUUAAUAAAAAACUCCUCUUCAAACGUUUGUCUUCUUUCUUUCUUUUUCACUGUCUGUUUUUUUCCUCCUGCUUUUCCAGAACGAGUACAUGAAGGACGACUUUAUGAUCAAGAUUGAGACGUGGCACAAACCCGACAUGGGAACAAUAGAAAACGUGAGUACAGGGAGAGACCAGGACGGGUACACCUUAGCCCAGAACACCUACAGUUCCCACAAUGCACUGUGAUUUCAUGAUUUUAAACCUUAUAUACCCCUGAUUAGUCUUAAUGACACCGAUAAGAUCUCAGCAAAGUUAUUCCUCAUGAUUUCAUAGAAGAAGGAAGUAAACUGGUCCUGAGCUCAGAUAGAAGAGAGAGAGUUCAGGUUGAAGAUGAGUGUGUGUGUGUGUUUCAAUAUUUGAAUGUGAUUUAAAUUCAGAGACUUUACAUACAUUUGAAUCACAAACAAAGCGCCUCUCUCUGACGUUCUCACACUUCUCCUCCUCCUCUUCUGUGUCAGGUUCAUGACCUGGACGAGCAGACGUGGAGGACUGUGGAGGUGGUUCCCAUAGACAUCGCAAACAGCGAAGAGGUGGCGCCUGGGGUGAGCUUGAUCACAGAAGGAGAGAAAAAAUUGAUGAGGUGGAGGUGAAGUUUCCAGAAGGAUGUCUCCACCCUGAGGAGAAGGAGGAGAUUCAAGAGACAGAAACUUAAGUCGAACUUUAAACUGACACCUAACCAUGAGCAGCAUCAGAUACACCUGUGAGACAAAUGUUCCCGUUUAACCUGAAGAUGGUCCACAGUAGACCAGACUAGAACGGAAAUGUUUCAGGUGGACCAUCAGACCUUUAAAACUUCUGAUAUUGUCACAUGCGUCUGAUCUGUGACUUUAAAUCCACUCCUGUAACCUGCUGAGAGGAGCUGUGUUCAGUUCGUCAUUUUCAUUCAUAAACUUGUCCUGAUGCAGGUCAGCGACAAAGACUCACUCAGGUGCUGAGGCUGCGCCCGUCUGACCUGUAAGGUUUGCUGGCUUCUGACUCUGUCACUGUUCAUAUUUAUCCUCGUUUGAAGAUACGCAAGAGGGUAAAUUUAAGACGUUUAGGAGUGUGAUCAAGUCAAGAUGAUUGAAGAUAAGGAAAGAGCGGGUACAAGGAACAGUUUUAUCUGUUAAAAUCCUAGAGUAGAUACCAAAAUUUACACAACUGAGGGUCAAAUAAAUCAAUCUAAAACAAAUGAACACCGGCACAAUCAUCCUCGUGGUGAAUCUCUUCCUCGCUCCACUGACUUUUUGCAUUUCCUCAAAGAUGCUCCUCAGACCUACAAUAGGAUCUCCAAAGCUGUGCGAUCCUCAGUUUGAUGCUGAAAGCGUCAUGGCGGCGUCCUCCUCUGACCGCCUCUCUGCAGACAAACGAAAAAAUGCCAAUCUGCUGACUCCAACUCAGACAGCCGCCCCCCUCGGCUGAAAACGGCAGCAUUCAGACUCUUCAGAUGACAUUUCUGAACAGAGGCUGAGUCAGUGAAUGACUCAGAUUUAACUACGAGCGUCCGUCCUGUCCUGCAGCUGCUUUAUUAUUAUUCACCGUCAAUGAGACGUUUUAUUCAUUCAUAUUCAUACGUUCACUGCUCCAUCUGUGUCUUUGUGAGAUUCCCAGUUUGAUACGACGUUGAAUCAAACUUUUUUAAACCCUCUGUCACUCUGUCAUCACUGAACCUUCAUGCUGGUCGAGGUUUGACAUCUUCGAGGGUUAGGUAUUACAGCGUUACAGCGUCCAGAUAGGUCACAGUUGUAACUACGGUUCUCCCACUCGCUCCUCGUCCAUAAUGACUUAAGUGGAUCAGCGCUGAAGCCAGAGCUUAAUCUGAACCUCCAUCUGCUGCAGGUACUCGCCACUCUUUCCCAUUAGUCCUCCUGGAUUAAAACAGCACAGGGAGCCCAGAGCUCGGGGGUUGGGAUUUGGAGGUUAGUGGAGGGGGUGUGGAUGUGUGGAUCUCUGCCAGAGAGGUCGAGGAACCUGACCUCCUCGACCUUUAUCACCGCUUAUCACCCCAGAGGAGGACUGAGAAUAGUGAGAUCCCUGCUGGAGGUGACGGUGUGACUGCAGAGGACCACAGUUGAUGAUUCAAGUGUGACGUCUCCAAAUCAGCAGGUCUCUAUGAAGGCUGUUCUGUUUAAUGAGGGGGCGGGGCUCAAGAGGAGAUACGUUUUAGGAGGCGGGACAUGACAUCAAACGCUCACUGUAGAAGCCGCAGUCUGUUUACGACAUAAAGAAGGAGGAUGAGGACACCUCUAAUUGAUGCACAAGUGCAGACAUUGUCACUCUUCUCCACCUGAAAAUGUUUCUCUUUCUUCAACCAUCAGACGCUUUUGUCCACGCUGCAGUUGUACAGUUUAAAUGUUUUUACCUCCACCCACUCUGAGUGGACUUUCUGAACAUUUCCCCUCAGUUUACUCAACUUUAUCCGAAUGUUUUCCCAGCUUCUACUCAGGAAGAAGUCUGAGCACAUUGUUUGCGUUUACACAUACAGCUCAUCUGGAAAUUUGAGACAUUUUGUUCAUUUUAUAACCUGCAUUGAUUCGAGUCAAGACACCAGAAAUCUAAACUCACACUUUUCCAAUGACGUCAACUUUGAUGGAGCUGCUGCAGGAUGAAAAAGAGAGUUUUUAAUGUUUAGAAAAAUCCCUCUAAAUUCAGACUGUUGUGGUAUCUUGAAUGUUAAAUAGAAACACGUCUUUCUUGACCUGAAUGAACCUACAAAGUCCCCUAUAGCAGCUGCUGUGGUCGCUGUUUUGUGCAGGAUCUAACCUUUUUGGUUUUUUCUUUUCCAGGACUACAAAUCAGAAGAAGAUCCGGCUCUGUUUCACUCUGAAAAGACGGCCAGAGGACCCCUCAGCCCUGAAUGGAAGGUAACAGACCCCCACUGUGUACCCUGAUGUUUGGUACCCGUCCUCUGUCUGGUCUGGACCGCGUUUGUAAACUUCUGUUCUUCUUAUUCUUCUCCCAGAAUGAGCUGAAAACAGACUGUCCAUACAUGUGUGCGUACAAACUGGUCACUGUAAAGUUCAGGUGGUGGGGUCUGCAGACCAAAGUGGAGGGGUUCAUCCACAGGGUGAGUAUGCUGAAGCUGUAUUUACUUUUCACUGUGUGCUGUUCCUGGUUUGGGCAGCAGAGGGCGACAAAGCUCUGAGAGAAAUGUGUCAAAGUUUCAGAGAGAGUGAGAGUUAAACUGAGAGCGUGCAGGUUUAGUUUGACAUAGAAAACAUUUACCAAAGUUUAUUUCAAAGGGAAAGUGGAGUCAUGUGACUUUAAACCGCUGCUGCUGUCCUGCUUGUUUGACUCUUUCUGUUUCUCUGUUGUUUCUUUCACAGCAAGAAAAGCGCAUCUUUACCAAUUUCCACCGCCAGCUCUUCUGCUGGAUCGACAGAUGGGUGGGUUUGACCAUGGAGGACAUCAGGCGGAUGGAAGAGGAGACCCAAAAAGAGCUCGAGGAGGUAAUUGACAGGUUCUUGAUAGCCAGUAAACGUUUGGGAAGAAGAUGUUCAAAGUCAGAGUGAGACUCCCUGAUUUGUCCUCCACACAUUGAUUAUUGAUUAUGCUUCAUGGUCCUUGAAUGGAGAUUUGUCAAACUCGGCAGUAACACAGAGGAACACAGCAACAACAAUCAUGAGCACUUAGAAAGUUCAACACUAAAGUUAAAGGUUUGAAUUUAGCUCCUGCCACCCGUCAGGUAAACCGAUGAAACAGAGGAGUGAUUCUGUCGACACAUGGUUUUUAAGUGCUCUGAUUUAACCCUUUCACCCCUGACUGUCACACCAGAUGCGUCAGAAGGGAGAUGUGCGAGGUACCUCUGCAAUGGACGAGUAGAUGCCGACCGCUGUAGGUCAAACUCUAGAGGCAGGCUGAGUAAGUCUGAACUGAAGGAGCAUGAGGAGAAGGAGAGGUGGUUGCACUGCUGCAUGGAUCAUCCUCCACCCUGCUUCACCUGCUGUCUAACUCACCUGUUUGUUUUCAGCCUUUUUUACCUGCCUGCGUCUCAAACUCAUAAGUCCUGUUCUCCAGAUGUGGUCUGACUAAUCUCAACAUUUUCCUGUUUUCCAGUCGGCUAAUUUGACUGUUUUGAAUUAAAAGUAUCAUGAAAAAAAUCAAAGAUAAAGUUUUUUCCACCAGAAAAACAAUCACACUCAUUCAAUCAUUAGUUUCUAAAAAGACACAGUCAGUGAUUUUGUCUUUAACCACAAACUCACAACAGGACCGUAUUCUGCUCCAUGUGACUCAUUUUCAUUCUUCAGCCUCUCAUUCACUCUCAUAAAGACCUUUUCUUUCAGCCUGCAUGCUUCAGCCUCAUCUUUGUGAAUUUGUGACACUAACUCUGCUGAAAACAUUUCCCACUGACGGCUUCCUGCAUGUUCACGACUAUGGGUCCAGGAGAGUGUGGACGCUGUGCAGGACGUUGAAAACAGAAACAGAAUUUGGUGGUUUAUAAAUCUGAUAAAUCAAAAGUUUAGUUUUUUAAUAAAAACUCCAAACUCAUUUUAAGAGUACAGCAGCAGCAUGUUUCAGAAAACCCUGAAAAAGUGGUGAAAUGUUAAAAAAAUAGACCUAGCAUGUCUGACAAAAACAGAGGUAGACCGACAAGAGCUAAAAAGCCGGGUCAACAAUGAUGGGGGACGCUUUGGGAUCUUGGUGACCCUGUAACCUUUCUCCUGGACAGGUAAACCGCUUUAACAAAGUAAGCCAAGUGUCUGUAACAGAAGUGUUUCUGGUCAAACGGGACCUGCUGCAUGUUGUAGCGCCGCUUAACUGUUGACCUCUGGUCCUGGACUAUUUCACUUUAUCCUAGUUGUAGAAGUCCUGCAAACAUUGUGUUUGCUGGUAGUCUGUUGGCAUCUACAGUAGCACCAAUGCUGUUUACUUUCAUGUUGACUGGGCCCCAUUUGUAAUUAUCUAAAAUAUUUAUCUGCUUGAUAUCUGAAUUUAACUGAAUAGAUACGGGGAGAGGAGGAGCUGAGGGGAAAACUGGUUGGGAGGAGUAGAGUUUACAUUCAAGAUUUCUCCCCAAAACUGGAACUUCCUCAGAUUCUGCCUACCCCACCUUUAAAUAAAGACUUAAACUGAGGUUUAAACCAUCAAGUUCUGGUCCUGUGAAGAUCUCACACAGUGUCCUGACUCUUCUGGGUUUCAUUUAAAAAUCUUCGUCCUUUCUUAUUAACUAAACUGUAUUUGUUUUUCUGUCUCUCCUAGCUGCGUAA